UGACUGAGUAGAUUUAUUUUAUUUGACCAGUUGUGAUCUUGACUGAAAUCUCUUUAAAACAUUUCAGACUGCAGAUAUGAAUCUCUUCAAAAAGAUCCUGCCUGGAGUCAGGGAAAUUCUCUCCAGUGGCACAACUUCUGAUGUCCAUGCAUUGCUCAGUUGCAUGUUGGAGGGUGAUGUUAUAUCCAAGGAAUAUCAUCAGAACUUACUCCAGGAAAAAGACAGAGAAGACCUAGCAAGGAAGAUCUCUCUAACACUUGUGGAAAAAUGGGAUUUGUGUUUGAACACCUUAGUUCCUCUCCAUUGUUUAAAACUAUACAGUAAUAUGCCACAAGACAUCACAGAUCAUGAGCCAUCUCUGAACAGGGGUAUAGCUGGUAGCAAAAGACAAACCAUGGAUUCAGCAGUUUUGACUGAAAAUAGCUUUCUUGAUUUGCUGCACAGCAAUAUCGAUCCAUUACAUCUAUACAGUCUCUUGGACACAAGAUUAUCUAAUGAAGAUGAAGAAAAUGAACUUUCAAUAGAUCCUGAAAUUGAUACCAACAGCCAUGAUCAGUUUAGCAAUUUGGAUGUCUUUUAUACAACAGAAAGCAAUGAAAGUGAAGAAGAAACUCUCUUUUCAAAUACAGGAGAAGCUUAUUCUAGAAUAGCUGGAUUAGCAGAAUAUGUGCUCAAAGAUCAGCAGGAGAGACAGAUGGAAGACAUUUUUGGAAAACUCAUAUUGGAUGAAAUGUCGAAUGAAACUACAGAGGGUUUUAUGGAGAUAAAGAAGCAAAAAUGUCAGAAACGAUCAUUCGUGAACACUGCAGAGAAUUACUCUGAUGCUUCCAAGCCCAAAUGCAGGAGAACAGAAGCAGCAAAGCGGGUGAAGGAAGGAGUAUGUACAGAAGACAGCAGAGCUGUUGGGAAUAUAAGAGCCACUUGCCAGGAUAGAGUGGAGUCCCCCAGGUCUCCAGUCAAUGGCAGUUUUGUGGCAAUGCCUCUGAACUGCUCCCCAGCUAACUCUACCUCUUCGUCUUACCUGAACAUGCCGUUUUCUGUUACCAAUAUAAGUCCAAAUGGAAAAAAUGUUGUGAUGUCAGUGUCUUCUGGAAAUUCCAACCCAGACUGUCUUGUUGUUGGUGCUAAAGGCAUCCAAGUGAUAUCAAGCUUUACAGUUCUUCCUGAGCAAAUAAUUAAUUUGACUGCAUGGAAUGGCGCAUCCAAUAUUAUAAUAUAUCCAGUGUCCUCCUCACUCAGUGAAACAUUACCUAUGUCAUCGGAUUUCCCCACAACGCUGGCUGCUCAAGUGGACUUGGCUGUUCAAAGCAUUUUGGGACCUUCUGACAAAAACACCUCCAUGGACCCCUAUGCUUACAGGCCAGAGACUGCAGCUAUGACUGAUCAAGCAGGGAAAGAAAUAUUCAAUGAGAUAUCACAAAUACUUGAUGUUCCUUCGGCACAAAUUUUCAAAAGGCCAAAGCCAGUGGAAGCUUUCUGUGCAUCACUUAAAGAUUAUUUUCAAGAUGUGUGCAAAUUCAUGGCCAUGGACCGUGAAGUGACUCUCGAUCAACUUUACAUUGAUGGGGCUUUCAUGCAAGGCCAAACCGAAAUAAAGAGUGGGAAAAAUCUCAUAAAGGUGAUGGAGAAGGAGCUGGUAAUAUACAAUUUAGAAGAGAAGGAAAAAGCAGCUAUAGAAAGAAGCCAGAUAUUUCAAGUCCCAGGAGGGAAAGAACUAGAGACCAAAGUCAUUGUAGUUUUGGGAAAGGCAGGAAUGGGUAAAAGCAUUCUUGUUCAAAAGAUCUGCCAAGAUUGGUCCAAUGGAAAGUUUUCUCAGUUUGAAUUUGUCUUUUGGUUUGAGUGCAGACGACUGAGCCUACCGGAGAAGCAAUACAGCUUGAAGGAUCUGCUACUUGAACUCUUUGUCAAACCCCGAGAGGGAAGUGACAAAGUCUUUGAGUACAUACUGAAAAAUCCUGAUAAAGUCCUACUCAUCUUCGAUGGUUUUGAAGAGUUACAGGUUCAUGAUGGCUUUACACAUUACUCAGACUGCCAAUCUUAUAAGGAGUGCUACAGCAUCAGGGAGCUCUUUGCAGGGCUCUUUCAGAAGAAGAUACUCAGUGGUUGUACUUUAUUGCUAACAGCAAGACCCAAAGAUAAAUUUAGUCAGUAUUUAUCCAAAGUGGACAAGAUUAUUGAAAUGGUAGGGUUCAUACCACAACAGAUAGAAUCAUAUAUAGCCAGAUAUUUUGAAGGGCUACCAUACUGUGAUGAGGCAGUGAAAUCAAUCAAAGAUUGUCAAUAUCUGUUCAGCCAUUGCUACAGCCCUGUCAUAUGUAAAUUCAUUUGUUUUUUCUGUGAGAUGAUGUUUGAAAUGGGAGACAAAGAUCUGCCUUCAACACUUACCACCCUCUUUGUAAAAUACCUCCAGCAAAAGUUAAUGCCUACACAAACGGAUGCGACAGCCAUACAAAAUCAACAGCACAUUACCACGCUAGCUCAGGUAGCCUGGUAUCUUGGAGAAAAGAACCAAAAUGCCCUGAAGAGCAGUCUUUUUCCCUCUAAAGAAGUUAAGGAAUUUGCUCUGAAAUAUGGCUUACUGUUGCCAUUUACAUUCCCAAAUCAUUCGGGGAAUGGGGAAGAAGAAUUUGGGAGUGCAUUCUCAGACUAUGUUAUCCAAAAUUUUCUGAGUGCAGUUCAUCUUGUGCUUGCAGAAGAGAUCAAGGAUAAAAGCCUCACAAAGUACCUUUCAUUACCAUCCAGGAAAAAAAGGCCUCACAACUGGUUGGACUUGGUGCCUCGAUUCUUGCCUGGGUUAUUGUACCUCCAGCCCGAUCCCUACCUCUUCUCUCUUUCAGAUGAGCAUAGAAGGAAAAUCAUAACUAAGAAGCAGAAAACACUCUUAAAAUAUAUUAAAAAAAUACAGAUAAGUGAACUCCACCCAAAAAAGCUACUAGAGUUGUUCCACUGUGUUUAUGAAACACAGGACAGCUAUCUUUUGCAGCAUGUGGCUUUAAGGCUGAAACCUGAACUUUCUUUUCUGGGCACUCCUCUUACUCCCCCAGAUGUCUAUGUGCUGCAUUUUAUUUUAAAAAGAUCACAAAAGGAGUUUUCCUUGGAUUUGAGGAACAGUGGUAUUAACCUACAAGGGCUGAAACACCUGUCUGGCCUAAAGAAUGUGAUCUCAUUCAGGGCUUCACUUAGCGAUGUAGUCAGGCUCUGGGAGUCCUUAGAGGAAACAAAGGAAUACGAGCUGCUGAGGAUUUCAGUUGAGAAAUUUGGUAUUGAUCCCUUUAAGGCAGAAAAAAUGAAGGACAUUAGUGAUCUUUCUGACCUGGUACAUAUGCAAGAGAAAGUGAUCCACUGCAUGGAAGAUGCCUCUGGCUGCAAUUUUUAUGAAAUUCCUGCUAUCAAAAACCUUAGAAAACUAGAAUUUGCGCUGGGUCCAGUCUGUGGGCUUCAGGGAUUCUUAAAGCUUGUUGAUAUUCUUGCUGCAUUCUCAUCUCUUCAGCAUUUAGACCUGGAUGCUCUGAGUGAAAAUGAAAUCGGAGAUGAGGGAGCAAAACGUCUCUGUGAAGUAUUUUCUAAGCUGACAUCACUGGAAACAUUGAACUUAUCACAGAACAAGAUAACAGAUCUGGGUGCAGAACAACUAGCUACUGCUCUUCCCUCCUUAGCUUCAUUAAAGACACUUAGUUUGUACAAUAACUACAUUUGUGAUGCUGGAGCAGAAAAUAUUGCAAGAAUACUUCCUGCAAUGGCAUCUUUAAGGGUUCUACAUGUUCAGUGUAACAAGAUAACUGAUGCUGGAGCUCAGAAGCUGACUGAUAGCCUCAGAAAAUGUCCCCACAUCGAGAGUGUGGCGAUGUGGAAUCCUACCAUUCCUUAUGGAGUUCUUGAGUACCUUCAACAGCUGGACUCCAGAAUCAGUUUGCUGUAGUCUCAGCUGAUCUUGUCAAGAUCCUGUAAAUCAAGACUGGCUCUCAAGUGUAUGAAGUUUGCAGGCUCUGAUUCUACUGUUUACCCAGAUCUCUGGCAAUAAAAUUCCAGGCCAUUUCAGCACUGUGUAAACCUGAUCCUGAUCUUUCAUACACUGAAUUAAAUCAGAACUAUAACCCCACUGAAGUCAAUGUCGCUAGCACCAGUAUGAGCAGGAUACUUUUGAUUUCACGAAGAUGAACAGUGGUUAUGAAGCUAAAGGGCACAGAACUGAUAUUGUGCUCUCAUAAUUUUCACAGGUAACCUUAAGAUGAGGUGAAAACAUUACUGACUUUCCCUGUCUUCUUUGUUGCAUUACGAAUGAAGAAAAAAAAUCUAACAACUUCACUAGCUUUCCUGAGAGGUACAGAAUGGAAAAUUCCAUUGGAAUGUCAGACAACAGUUCAAAUCAGUAGAUAAUGAGGUCCUGAUGCUCCUACUUAAGCAGGUUCGUUCAAAUGCUAUUGAAAUUGACUGAAUCAGCUCCCCUGAACAAGCCAUUAAGAAUUAUGAAGCUUCACAAGUGUAAAGAAGAUCAAGCUACAGUGGCUACUGUUACAAAUUAACAAGGUGUUCGUCCAUCAUGUAGAAUUCUAUAAUAACCAUAUUUCCCACACCGUGCGAAGGAAUGGAGUCUGUGGGAACUGCGGUGGAGACCUGUGGAUAAAGUGAUUCUUUUCAUGAUGCCCUCUGUAUCUGAAAAUGCAGUUGGCAUGGUGAGUUUGAACUAUCAAGGCCCACUACUGGAGCUUUUUCACAUGCAAAUCUCCAUUGUAAGCAUAAUAGCAAGAUUGCUCAGCUUAAAGAUAGCUAUAUUGACAUGGGGCAUUCAAAUCCUGGCAUAUUUACAGUCCUUUAGAUUUACAGGUGACACUUGUUAGCAUUUUUGUCAAAUGUUACACUAAUCACAUCUGUUAUGAUACUGUUGCUUUCAUAUGGUCUUUCACCCAAAUCUGUUACUUGCUUAUUGUCGAUGUAAAUCCCUUUUAAAUAAGAAGACAGAAGAGAAAAUAUUACAAGGAAGGGAGAAAUUAAAGACAGAAAAUGUGAAUGAUUUUUAACAAUAAGAUCUUCACAGAAACACAUGUACAUUUAAAUGGAUUUAAUCUGUUUUGCACAGAUAUCCUGAAAAAUGUGUGGAAAUAUGCAAUUGGCUUUUUCAUUUAAAUGAGAUCUGAAAACUGACAUAUCUGAAUAAAUGAGACGUUUGUUUGAACUUACUGUGGGAAAUUCUCAGAGGUGUAGCCAUUCUAAUCUGUAACUUUAAAAACACUUAAGUCUCUAAGGUGCCACAGGACUACUCAUUGUUUGUAUUGUGGUAAAGUUAUAGAAAAACCUGCAGGCACAAAUCAUUAACACAAAAUACAUGUCAAAUUACACACAAUGCUUUUGUGAAGCGAAAUGAUUGAAACUGAAAGUUUUGAUUAUGAAAGCAAAGAUGUAUCCUAUUCAUGUUUAUGGACUGGAUUCAUGGGUCUAUGAUCUCUUGUACUUCAAAACAGGAACAUGGAAAUAGACUAUUCAACCAACACAACUUCUACAUGAAGGCGAUGUCUACACUGCUGAUAUUUUUUCAGAAAAA